AUGGAACAGGAAACGCUACCGCUUACCAAUGGAUUUCCAAAUCGUUACUGGGGCUGGGGAAACGAGGAUGAUGAGUUGGCUGCGCGGUGUUACGUGCAUGGGCUGCAACUUAGUCGACCGCCAACUACGGUUGGUCGUUUUCGGGCAGUGCGCCAUUUGAAAGCCACACGUGGUUCCGGUCACUACGAUUCGUUUCGUGCGUUUCGUGGUUUCCUACACGACGGUCUGACUGCGCUGAACGAUUCGGUUUAUCAGAUCAUCGUAGAUCAUUCCCCAGAACGCUUUCUAAACAGUGUGGCAUGGAGUUCGCAUCUGUGUGAUUACUCCAGACUAUUGCAUAAUUUAAAUAUAUCUGUUACUGAAUGGACCAAUAAAACUCGAUCAGGAAGCAGUCUCGCCAAACACUCGGCUCGUAAGUGGGACCAAUUAGCUCGUUUGCUCCUCUACACACAUCUCGUGGUUGAUACAAAAGAUUUGGAAAGACAAACUAUCUUGCCGUCCAGCGAUACCCGCGAAUCUUGGUAUUGGUUUCUCCACUUUUAUGGUUGGAUAUGA